AUGUUGGGCUUCAAUGGUACCCCCUUCCAGCCAGCCACACUCCAGUUGACAGGCAUUCCUGGGAUGCAGACAGGUCAAGGCUGGGUUGCUCUGGUUUUCUGCAUCCUCUACCUGAUCUCCAUCUUAGGCAAUCUCAGCAUCCUCGCUCUGGUGAUUCGGGAGCCUGCUCUGCACCAACCCAUGUACUACUUCCUCUCUAUGCUUUCUCUCAAUGAUUUGGGAGUGUCCCUCUCUACACUUCCCACUGUACUUGCUACCUUCUGCUUCGACUACCGUCACGUUGGCUUUGAUGCCUGCUUGGUUCAGAUGUUCUUCAUCCACACUUUCUCUUUCAUGGAAUCAGGCAUUUUACUGGCCAUGAGUUUCGACCGUUUUGUAGCUAUUUGUGAUCCACUGCACUAUGCAACUGUACUUACCAACAGCCGCAUCUUGGGGAUGGGCUUGGGCAUCCUUGCCAAGAGUUUUACCACUCUCUUUCCUUUUCCCUUUCUGGUGAAGAGACUGCCUUUCUGCAAGGGCAAUGUUUUGCACCACUCAUAUUGCCUCCAUCCAGAUCUCAUGAAAGUUGCAUGUGGAGACAUUCAUGUUAACAACAUCUAUGGACUCUUUGUGGUCAUUUUCACAUAUGGUGUAGACUCAUCGUUCAUCUUGCUUUCCUAUGCAUUGAUCCUGAGAGCUGUGCUAGCCAUUGCAUCCCGGGAACAGCGUCUCAAGGCACUCAACACUUGCAUGUCACAUAUCUGUGCAGUGCUGGCCUUUUAUGUGCCUAUCAUCGCUGUUUCCAUGAUCCACCGCUUCUGGAAAAGUGCUCCACCUGUUGUUCAUGUCAUGAUGUCCAAUGUUUACCUAUUUGUACCCCCCAUGCUCAACCCCAUCAUCUAUAGCGUAAAGACUAAAGAGAUACGCAAAGGGAUCCUCAAGGUCUUUAAUAAAUCCCAGAGUUAA